UCGUAAUAAAAGCAGUGCUUGCAACUCGUGGCGAAAGCGGUGAAGUUUAUUACUUAGGAAUUGUUGUGAAAUGCCCAAUGAAUCGGACAUUCAUUUUUAGCACAACUAAUAAGAUUUUCUUUGGUUUAGCCAGACAAAGAUUUUCUACCAUGUCUUUCCCAAAGGUUUUCGUUCGGUCAGACGAGGCGGAAAAGCUGCACAUACAGUUAACUUUACCGUCGUUUUACGGAUACAAACUAGACCUCGGCUUGGAAAGGUCCGUCGACGAGGAAUUGGGCAGAUGCUUAGAUAGAAUGGUGGCAAGUAUAGUGGUUAAGGUAAAGAAAAAGGGGAAGAAAAAGAUCAAAACUGAAUUGUCUACAAUAGCUGACACGCUGAAAGUCAACUUGUACCACCAAGACGUAAAGGUAGAUGUCGCCACACUAAACAAGCAUGCCUGGAUCCAAGAUGCUCUACUGGAAGUUGGUGAGACUAAGUUCCAGGUUGAGUUCAAUCCACCUACAGUGAAAUCCCUUCAGUUACCAGACCAUGUGGUGGUCAGGCUUCCUGUCCACCCUAAACUUGAUGUAAAUUUUGCUGAAACUGACCAGUGUGCUUUUGCAUGGUAUAGAAACGUAUCGGGUAGCACAAAGCACAACACUAAUAAAGGGAUGGCUAUGGAGGUGGAUGACCAUUGUCUGGACAAUAAUGACCACUGGAUUGAAGUUGGAAGGACUCUCAGAUAUGUUCCAACUAAGGAAGAUUUAGGACAUGAACUAAUAUUACAGUGCACUCCAAAAUCUGGAGACAGAACUGGGAAGACAGUGACUGCCAAAAGCGAAAAAGUUAAAGAUGCAUACAUAACAGAUGUUUAUCCUUUUGAGAAGAGACAUUCUUUCACCAAGAACAACAGUGACCAUGGAAGCUUUCGCAUGGUAAGCUACAACAUUCUAGCAGAUUUGUAUGCAGACUCGGACUUCUCCCGUGACGUUCUGUAUCCGUACUGCCCAGCAGAAUGUUUGGCCAAAGACUAUAGAUACCCCCUGAUAUUGUGGGAACUGAGAGACUACAAUGCUGAUGUGAUCUGUCUCCAAGAGUUAGACAAGAAGCUGUUUCUUGGUGAUCUGUCAGAGCAGUUCAGUAAACAGGGGUUCUCAGGUCAUUUUAAGAUGAAAACAAAUGGCAAGGGAGGAGAUGUGCCUGAAGGAACAGGGAUUCUAGUCAGGAAUUCCAAGUUCAGUGUUUUAGAAGAAUAUUACAUUGAUUUGAAGGAGGUUCUAGAAAAAGACCCCAUGUUUCAAGAUUUGAAGAAUAAAAUUGCAACAAAACCAGUAUUGCUUGAAAAAAUGAUGACUAGAACCACUGGAUUACAUGUAGUGGUCUUAGAUUCCAAAGAAGUUCCUGACAGAAAGAUAUGUGUUGCUACAACCCACCUUUACUUUCACCCCAAGUCUCCUAACAUUCGACUUAUCCAGGCUGACAUGUGCCUGCAGUACCUCUCUCAGAUAGUGAAGGGAUACAAGGAAAAGGGAGAACAUCUACCUGUGAUAAUUUGUGGUGACUUCAACAGCAGCCCAAUCACCGGGGUGAGCCAGUUCAUGAUGCAAAAGGAGGUUCCUGCCAAUUACACCGAUUGGUUUGCUGGUGGAAAAGAGGAAUAUGUAGAAGACUUAAAACUGCGGCAUGACUUCAAUUUCACCAGUGCAUGUGGCUUUCCUAGGUACACCAAUUAUGUAGGUGGAUUUGAGGGCUGUCUGGAUUAUAUCUACAUAGAGUCAGAUUAUUUUCAGGUGUCCAAAGUAAUACCACUGCCGUCACACGAGGAGAUCACACAGCAUGGGGCUUUACCUAAUCAAUGUUUUCCAUCAGAUCACUUGGCUCUCGUAUGUGAUAUUACUUGGAAACAACAGAAAUAGUAUAAACGUAAGCAUCGCACUUCCUACAGAAUAUAUAGUAUUCUCUUUGUUUGGGUGAGAUUUAAAAGUGCAUUGAAGCAUUUGCAAGGCAUCAAGUUGAACAUACGCUGGAAUCUUUUAUAUCAGAAAGUUACACAUUAGCAUAAAUUUCUCCCUGUAAAAAAAAAAUUAAACUUAAUAUUGAUGUAAGUCAGUAUUAUUCUUCCGACCUGUAGUACCACGUCAAAUAGGUUUUAUCAAUUCUUGCUGUUGCUAAGUGUUACUAAAGGAAUAAUGAAGUGGCGAUAAUGCUCUCUGCUUCAAAUUACAGUAACAUGCAAUAUGAUGAUCAAGGAAAGGAUCACACUCUCAGUCACAUUAUACCAUCUACUGGGCAACCUAUGUAACAGGAUCAUUGCCUUUCUAGUUGUAACAAUUAUUAUUUAUCUCUCUUUUCUUUGUUUUCGUUUUCUGAAUUUUUUUUCUUGAAAAUUUCAUAUUGGGUUGGUGACUGUAUGCGUUAACUUACGGUGUGCUGUAAAAAAAAUACUGCAGCAACAGCCAAUUACUAAGUAGAGAUUCAUAUACCAUAUUUCAAGUUGAAUAAUUAAGUCAUUAUAAAAUUUGCAAUGAGUUAUUUUCACAUUGGACCUGAUAAUUAAUAUGUUGAAGGCAUGGUAACUCAAAUAUAAGUUCAUUCCCUUAGUCAUCAUCUGAUAAAUUUUAUAGAGCAAUAUGCUUAACAAGCACACCAAAGCUAUAUUUUGCUUAUAAGAAGAGUGAAAACACAAUGAGAAAUGAAAAUGUCAUUUAUUGUAAAAUAAAGAAAUCAAAUCCAUACAUAAAAACAUAAUCAUGUAAAGGUCUACCAAAAACCCAAUUUAAUGAAGAAUUUCUGUUCAUUUUAGUUUCAAGACACCAAUUAAUAUUUCUAAAUAUUGUGUAAGAAUUCAUUUCUACUUUAAAUUUGUAGAUCAACAUUUUGUUAAUGUUUGGUUCAACAGCCAUUUGUCUUUAUAUUCUGAUUAAUCACUUUUUUGUCUUUGGUAGUUAAACUCUUUCUGAGGCAAUGUACAAAAUGUACAAAAAUUUAAUUUGUGUAAGAAAAAGCUAUUUCGUUGGCAAGGUUCUUUCUUAUAUAUACAUGGCAACACAAAGUCUUGCUUAUGUGUAUUUACAUUAACCAUAUUAAAGGGAGCCUAAAAUGUAUCAUACACUUCAUUUACAGCUCAAUAAAUUAUUACUUAAUAAAUUUAA